GCGGAUUUGGUCCUUGGCCGAGGCGARUUCGUUUUGGAGYUGGAUGACCUGUGUCCGGGGUGUCAUGGGGGGUGGGGGUAAAGAAGUGGGGGGUGGUGAGAGAGGUGUUGUGGAUACAAGAGUUGAGGAGGUCGCCGAACACGACGCCAUGGGUCCCCAUGAGGAGAUUGUGGAGGAUGAGGUGGCUGCAGAUGAAGGGUGUGACUGGGAUGAGGACAUGCAGCCCGUAGAGGCAAUAAGCGUGGAGAUAAUGCCAGCUGAUGAAGAAGAGGGGGCUACCAUAGGCGCAGGUGAGGAUGGCGUGGAGGUGGAUGCGCUGGUAGAGGGCUCCAACUGGCACACACGGGCUGACAAGGAUGAGACAUCGGUCUGGAGGGCCGUGAAUCUAGCCUCGAUACGCUGGAGUAUGUCCAAUAUGGGGUCUGACUGGGAAGUCGGGCCGGAGCUGGUUGCCAUCUGGGUGGCCACUGAGUCGGAAGUCUGCUCUUGGGCAAAGAACGCAAGCCCUUCGCUGGUGGAGCGGGCGGGGCUCACAGAUCCCGUCGUGUGCAUGAUGUCAGGGGGUGGAGACUGUGGGGAGUGAGAACUGGGACGGGUGGGUGGCUCAGUGGUAGUAGGCGGUGCGUCAAAGCGAGCGAGUCGGUUUGCGGCGCGAGUGUCUCGGGCGCGAUUUUGAAGUGCUCUCUGAUGAGGAUCACGGGGAGCCAGGUUGGUACGCAGAAAGAGGAGUAAGGGACUACA